GGGUUCUCACCCUCCACUCCUUGAAGUCUAGCCAUGUGGGUGGGAGGCUGGAGCAGCCAGUGAGGACACUCAGCACAAUGUGGGCAACCGGACAAGAUGGAUUUGAAUUUAUAAAGAAUCUGCCUUCCUUCCUUCAUGUUCCAAGCAAAUGUUCCAGGUAUUUAAGCCACAUGCUGGGGAGGAUUAUAAAUAUCCAAGGGAAACAGAGACCUUCUGGAGUCAUCCCUACAUUGGGGAGGGGUACCCCAAGAACCCUUUGGAGAGCUUGUCACUUCACAUCUGCUGGGCUGCCAUGGCUCUUUCCAUCACAUCCUCACAAGACAGCAUCCUAAGCCAAAGGGACAAAAAAGGCCUCUCCUUGGACCUAUCGCUUACCAGAAAGAAAAGGUACCAAGGCCUCCACUGGUCUCAUUGGCAAGUGGCAUGGAAUCACAUGCCCAUCAAGAUUCACACCCCUGGGCAGGGCUCCCCAUCCCUUGGACAGAAUUGGAGUUGGGGUAACAGGAAAGAAAAGGGUGUUACACAGCGACAAAUGCCCACCACAGGUACCCACAGCCUCUUCCCUUGCUCCUUGGAAGGCCACAAGGAGAAACCCCAUCAUUUUAGAGAGCUUUGGUGUCAUUACAUUUCAAUAAUCAAAGGUCAUUUCCCCUUUUGCCAACCUCCUCAUUGGCAACAAAAUGUGCCUGGGGGCUUUCUUUCUGAAAGUUUACAGAUCCAUCUCCCACCUGCCAACCCAGCACCUGGGCAGUUGUAUUCACUCACAGGUGUCGGGCUGGCAGAUGGGUCUAACAGAAUGGGGGAAGGGGAUUAAGAAGUGUCACCCAGCCCCAUCCCCUGAAUGGGAACAAAUCUAUGUUACCAAGUUUACCCUUGCCCUGGGGCCUCAGACAAGGUGCCUGCACCUGGUCGUCAGAUGCAGUGAGGGGAGAAGGAAAGGACUUUCCCCUUUUACUUUAUGUAUCCUGCUUUUGUUUGUAAUGAGCAUGCACUCACUCUGUGGUUUUUUAAUUGAAUACAAUUUUUCC